AUGUUCACUUUGAUUUUCCUCUUCUUGCUCCUGAACAUUCCACUUCUCCUGGCCAGUUUUACUUAUUCCAGGUGCUUUUGGAAAAUGAAGAAGACUGAAGACAAGGAUGAAAACUUGGUGUCAAGUUGUAUCUUCUUCAUCAGAACAGUGCAGUGGCCAGUGGAGAAAGAGUAUUUCAACAACAUUUUGAAUAUACAAACAUCAAAUGACAACUACAAGUUUGCUCUGUCCUUGGCUUUUACUGUGGAUGAGGUCAACAGGAACUCUGAUCUAUUACCAAAUAAAUCUUUAGAAUUUGGUUUAUCAGACAUUAAUUGUAAGGAUGUGAUUCAACUUUACAUUUCCAAUAUGCUUUUUGAACAUGAUCAUAGUGUUAUCCCUAAUUAUGUCUGUUCUGAAGAUAUCGAGUGUGUAGUGAUGCUUACAGGACCCAACUGGGCAACAUCUGCAGUACUUGGGACAAUAAUGAACAUCUAUAAAUCUCAGCAGAUCCUCCAGCUCACCUAUGGACCCUUCCAUCCUAUCCUGAGUGAUAAUGAAAAGUUUCCCCAUCUGUAUCAGAUGGCCCCACAGGACACAUCUCUAGUCCUGGCCAUGGUCUCCAUCAUCCUUCACUUCCGCUGGAACUGGGUAGGUCUGGCCAUCUCAGACGAUGAUCAGGGUACCCAAUUUCUCUCACAUUUGAGGAGAGAGAUGGAAAAAAAUGCAGUCUGCUUUGCCUUUGUGAACACGAUCCCAGCCAACAUGAAGUUAUACAUGCCAAGAGCUGAACUGUAUUAUAACCAAAUAAUGACAUCAUCCACAAAUGUUGUUAUCAUUUAUGGUGACACAGACAGUACUCUAGCUGUGAGCUUUAGAAUGUGGGAAUCUCUAGGUAUACAGAGAAUAUGGGUGACUACCUCACAGUGGGAUGUCACUACAAGUAAGAGAGACUUUACCCUUGACUCAUCCCUUGGGAAACUAGCUUUUGCACACCAUCAUGGUGAGAUUUCUGGUUUUAAAAAUUUUGUUCAGACAUUGAACCCUCUAAAAUACACAGAUGAAUAUCUGGCAAGUCUGGAGUGGAUGAACUUUAACUGUGAAGGCUCUGCACCCAACUGUAAGACCCUGAGGAACUUCUCAUCGAAUACCUCAGUGGAUUGUCUAGUGGUAGAGACUUUUGACAUGGCCUUUAUUGAUAGCUGUUAUGAUGUAUACAAUGCUGUGUAUGCUUUUGCUCAUGCAAUGAAUGAGAUUCUUCAUCAACAGAGAGAUAGUCAGCCAAUGGACAAUGGAAAAGGACAUGGUUCUAGCUGCUUGAAGUUGCACUCCUUUCUGAGGAAGACCCACUUCACUAAUCCUAUUGGGGACAGAGUGAAUAUGAACCAAAAAGAAGAACUUCAGGCAGAGUAUGAUAUUUUCCAGAUUUGGAAUUUCCCACAGGGUCUUGGACUUAAGGUGAAGAUAGGAGAGUUUAACCCAUAUUUUCAACAAGGCCAACAGCUCCAUUUAUAUGAAGACAUUAUAGAGUGGGCCACAGGAAGUAGACAGAUGCUGCCCUCUGUGUGCAGUGCUGAUUGUGGUCCUGGAUUCAGAAAAUCCUGGCAGGAGGGAAUGGCAGUCUGCUGUUUUCAGUGCAGCCCCUGCCCAGAAAAUGAAAUUUCUAAUGAGACAAAUGUGGAUCAGUGUAUGAAGUGUCCAGAGGACCAGUAUGCCAACACAGAGCAGAACCAGUGCAUUCACAAAGCUGUGAUAUUUUUGACCUAUCAAGACACCCUGGGGAUGGCUCUAGCGUUAAUUGCUUUGUGCUUCUCCGCAUUCACAGCUCUGGUUCUUGUGGUCUUUGUCAAGCACCAUGACACUCCCAUUGUGAAAGCCAAUAACCAGAAGCUCAGCUACAUCUUGCUCAUCUCACUCAUCUUCUGUUUCCUCUGCCCCUUGCUCUUCAUUGGCCACCCAAACUCAGCUACAUGCAUCCUGCAGCAUAUUACAUUUGGAGUUGUAUUCACUGUGGCUGUUUCCACUGUGUUGGCCAAAACAGUUACUGUCCUUCUGGCUUUCAAAGUCACUGCCCCUGGAAGAAAGAUGAGGUCCUUUCUAGUUUCAAUGGCACCUAACUACAUCAUUGUUAUCUGUACUCUCAUCCAAUUUAUUGUUUGUGCAGUCUGGCUAAGAGCUUCUCCUCCCUUUGUUGAUAUUGAUACACAUUCUGAGCAUGGUCACAUCAUCAUUGUGUGCAGGAAGGGUUCAGUCACUGCCUUUUACUGUGUCCUGGGAUACCUGGCCUGUCUGGCUCUGGGAAGCUUCAUUGUGGCUUUCUUGUCCAAGAGUCUGCCUGACACAUUUAAUGAAGCCAAGUUGCUGACAUUCAGCAUGCUGGUGUUCUGCUGUGUCUGGAUCACUUUCCUCCCUGUUUACCAUAGUACUAAGGGUAAGGUCAUGGUGGCUGUGGAGAUUUUCUCCAUCUUGGCUUCCAGUGCAGGGAUUCUGGGAUGUGUCUUCAUUCCCAAGUGCUAUAUAAUUUUGUUAAGACCAGAUAGAAAUUCUCUCCAAAAGAUCAGGAAGAAACUAUCUUCCAAAACUGAUAUCUCAUGA